CUUUAUAUAUAAAUCAUGAAAACAGGACUCUCCUCUCCAUGAUACGUAGUACCCUUUCCCCCUUUAUUUUUGUCAUUAGGAAUAUUAAUUAGUAGUAAUUACUCCUUAAUUCAAUCUUAUUAGUUUUUAAUUGCUUACUUGUUUAAUUUAAUAAAGACUUGUUGAUUACUUGAUUGUAUAUUGUCUUCUUAAUUCUUGAUCAAUCUAAGCAAUAUCUAGAUUGUCUCUUACCUUGUCUUGUGUGUCACUCCUUACCUUUUUUAUAUUUUUAGUUUUUAUUUCUUGAUAUUCCAUUUACACUCAUAGCGCCGUACAGAGAGGAGAUUCUGUAAAAAGUCUAAAUAAAGGAGAGUUUUUUUUUUUUUUUGAGAUUUAAUCAGAAGGGGUUGAAAGUUUAUCAAUGGAAAGCAAUAGUAAUAGAAGCAACUUCAAGAAAAUUUGUGUUUUUUGUGGAAGUAACCCUGGCCACAGGAAAGUGUUCAGUGAUGCUGCUAUUGACUUGGGGAUUGAAUUGGUAAAUAGGAAGAUUGACUUGGUCUAUGGUGGUGGAAGUGUUGGAUUGAUGGGGUUGAUUUCCCAGAGAGUCUAUAAGGGUGGUUGCCAUGUCCUUGGGGUCAUCCCGAAAGCUCUUGUGCCUGUUGAGAUAUCAGGUGAAAGUGUUGGUGAUGUAAAGAUUGUAUCGGACAUGCAUGAGCGGAAAGCUGAAAUGGCUAGUCAGGCUGAUGCCUUUAUUGCACUUCCAGGCGGAUAUGGAACCAUGGAGGAGACUCUGGAAAUGAUAACAUGGGCACAACUUGGAAUUCACAAAAAGCCGGUUGGUUUGCUAAAUGUUGAGGGUUAUUAUAAUUCUUUGCUUACACUGUUUGACAAUGGUGUUGAAGAAGGUUUCAUUAAGCCAGGGGCUCGUGACAUUGUUCUUGCUGCUCCUACAGCCAGAGAGCUUUUAAGCAAGAUGGAGCGAUAUACUCCUUCACAUGACCAUGUUGCUCCCCAUGAAAGCUGGCACAUGGAGGAGUUGGCUUAUCCAGGAAAACAGUCUCCAACACAUUCUCCACAAUAGAGUCUGAUAUGAUUCAUCAUCAUUAACUCUUGGAUGAGAAUUUAUUCAGGUGGAGCCACAUAUAAUGCAUCAUCGUGUACUUUUGUCAUUCUUUGCGGUUACAUUUAGUACAAUCAUCGUUGGUGUUUUGCAUAAGCUAACAUUGAUUUAUAAAUUGGUCAAUGGAUGCACUAUUUUGUGAUUA